AUGAUACUAUUUACAGAAUUGAAGAUAAUAAUUUUUUAAAACCAAUAUCUGAAGAUAGAAAAUUUAGAUUUAUUAAAUUAAAGAAUAAUAUUGAAUGUUUUUUAAUUUCAGAUAGUCAAUCUCAAGAAUCAGCUGCAGCUUUAAGUGUUGGGAUAGGAAGUUCUAUGGACCCAAAAUCAAUACCUGGUUUAGCUCACUUUUUAGAACAUAUAUUAUUUCUUGGAACAGAUAAAUUCCCAGAUGAAAAUCAAUAUUUUCGUUAUUUAGUUGAACAUGGAGGAUAUUCAAAUGCUGAAACAUAUGAUGAUCAAGCAAUAUAUUAUUUUUCUGUAGAGCCUACAUAUUUAGAGGGUGCAUUAGAACGUUUUAGUGAAUUUUUUAAAUCACCUAGAUUUAAUGAAUCAUGUUUAGAUAGAGAAUUAAAUGCAAUUGAUAAUGAAUUUAAAUUAAGACUUAAUUCAGAUAUAUGGCGUAUAGAACAAGUUCAAAGGUAUUUAUCAAAUUCAACUCAUGUUUAUAAUAAAUUUAUUGUUGGUAAUAAGGAAACUUUAGAAAUAAAUCCAAAAUUAAUGGGAAUUAAUGUACGUGAUGAAUUAAUAAGAUUUUAUACAAAUUAUUAUAGUUCUAAUAUAAUGAAGCUUGCAAUUAUUGGAAAUGAAUCUUUAUCUAAACUUGAAGAUAUUGUAAUAAAAUACUUUUCAGAUAUUAAAGAUAAGAAUAUAAAAUUUAUAAAUAUAAAUGAAACAAAUCCAUUAAAUACAUUAAUUGGUUAUUUAUUAAGAAUAAAAUCUAUUAAUAAUCAAACUACAUUAUCAAUAAUAUUUCCAAUAACUUAUCAAAUACCUUUAAAUGAAUAUGAUCCAUCUCAUUAUAUAUCUGAGAUGUUAAAUAGUAAAACAGAAGAUAGUUUAUUUGAAUAUUUGAAAUCAAAAAGAUGGAUUAAUAAAUUAAUUGUUAAUUGUUCAUCUUAUAAAUCUGGUUUUUCAUAUCUUUCAAUUGAUACUAAUUUAACGAAUGAGAGUAAAGAUAAUUUAAUUCCAAUUAUUAAUGCAAUAUUUUAUACUGUAAAAUUAUUAAAAGAAUCAAGAUUAGAUAUUAAUUUCUUUAAACAAUUACAACAAAUUACAGAUAUUGAUUUUAAAUAUUCAUCACAAAAAUCUACUAUAUCAUUAAUUCAUGAUAUAGUAUAUUAUUCACAAUAUUAUCAAUGUAAACCUGAAGAGAUACUUAAAGUUAACUAUUUAUUAAAAGAAAUGAAGAUUAAUUAUAUAAAAGAGAUUUUGGACUUAUUAGAACCAAAUAAUAUGUUUAUUAUUUUAAGCCAACCCAAUUUUGAUUCUUUGAAAUAUAAUCAAAUAUUUAAUAAUGAAGUUAUAUUAAAUAAUACAAAAUAUAAUGAAGGAAUUAAUGAAGAACAAUAUGAAGUAUUUUUAAAAGAGAAAUAUUUUGGGACUGAAUAUAAUUUACAAGAGAUACCUAAAUAUUUUAUUAAUAAAUUACAUCAUAUUAAUUCAUCUGUAAUAUUAGAUGGAAUGGAUAUAAAAUUACCAUCUGAUAAUAAAUAUAUACCAACAGAUUUUACUAUAUAUUAUCCAAUCAUAAAACAACAGAAAUAUCCUAUGAAUUUAUUUAAUUCACUUCAAGAAUUUGUCAAAUAUAAUAGAAUUAAAAUAUUUAAUAGUCAACACGAAUAUAAUGAUUUAGAUGUAACAGAUAAAGUACCAGAUAUAUUAAAAUCUAUAUAUUAUAUUCCAGUUCAUAAUAUUCCUAUCCCAAAAAGUUUAAUAAAUAUAAGGUUAAUAUUUCCUAAUAUUAAUAAUAUUAAAGAUAUCAUUUCAGAUGUUCCAUAUGAAUUUAUAAAUAAUCUAUCAGAAUAUAAAAUUGUAAUUUUAACUCAAUUACUUUCAUUAUCAUUAGAAUAUUCAUUAAAUAUAUUGUUAAAUUCUUCUAAAGGGAUUUCGGAAACUAUUGAAAGUUUUAAUAGUUUAUUUUCAUAUAAUUAUAAUGGAACACCAUAUGGUAUGGAAAUAAAUAUUUGUGGAUUUUCUAAUGAAGUUCCCCCAAAAUUAUACAAAUUUGCUUAUUAUUUAAAUUAUCCCAGUAAAUUUAUUAAUAGAUGUUUUAAUCAAUCAUAUAGUCAUCUAAUCAAAUCAUUAAAUGAUGAAAUUCUACGCCUUGAACCAUAUCAACAAUCUUUAACAUUUGCUUUUGAAAUAUUUACUAAGGAAUAUAUUACACCAAAUAAAUUAUUAGAAGAAUUGAAUAAUGUAAAAUAUCAAGAUAUUAUACAUUUCUCAAAGAUUAUUUCUAAUUAUAGUAAACUCGAAGGUAUUAUUAUAGGUAAUUAUACUCCAAGAUAUUCUAUAACUAUAAUUAAGAAAUUCCUUGAGAUAAUUGGAAAUAUAGAUGAAUCAAAUCAAAUUCCAGAUAUGAACUUUAUAUCUGAUAUUAAUUUGUUAAAAUAUAGGGAAAAACAAAAUUUAGAUGAAUUAUCUAAUAAUACAUUAUUAAAUAAAAGUGGUCAAAUCAAAGAAAAUAUGAAUACAAACCAAAUAACAAAUAUAUCUGCAAAUAUACAUAUGGAGAACCAUUUAUUAAAUUAUAAUCUAUUAAAUAAUACAAAUGUUAAGGAUAUAUUCAUUUCAACUAAAAUUUCAAACAGCAAAUUACCAAAUUUUGUAAAUAUGUAUGAAAUGUUAGAUAUAUAUUCAUUAUCAGGGGAAUAUAAAGAUUCCUAUUAUUUUAAUAAAUGUACUAAUCCGGAAGAUGUUAAUAGUGCCGUAACAUUAAUAUUACCUAUUCCCGAAUAUACAGAAAUAAAUAAAUCAUUAUUAGAUUUAGUUCAUAUCUUAUUUAAUGAAAAAUUUUUCAGUGAUUUACGUACAAAACAACAAUUAGGUUAUAUUGUUAAUUCUAGUCCUGGUGAAUUUGGAAAUAUUAUAUUAUACUAUUUAUUUACUAUCCAGUCAUCUCAAUAUGAUGUAAAGUAUAUUACAGAGAGAAUUCUUGAUUUUUAUGAAAAUAAAUUUAAUAUUCAUAAUAUUGAUAUAGAAUCUUUCGAAUUGGCUAGAAAGUCAAUUAUAU